AUGGUGAAAAUCAUGAAGGGCUUGGGCAAAGAUGAGAAGAAAGGUGUCGAGAAGGCAGACUUCCAUCGCCUCACCAUCCAGAUCGGCAUCGCGCGCGAGAUGCAGAAGGAUCUGGCGCGGAAGAAGAAGCGCGAAGAGCAUGAAAAAGAGAUCGAACAUCUCAAGGAAGAGCUUCAACAGAAGGUGGCCGAGGCGGAAACGAAGUACACCUCCGUGGACGAGAAGGUGGUGGAGCUGGAAGAAGCCAUCAAGCCGCUCUUUGAUACCAAGAGCAUGAAGUCCUUAGAGAUGGAGAAGCUCUUAGAGACUCUUGAAGAGCAGGCUUCCAGCUUAAAGGAGCUGAUUAGCGGCUACAAGUUGGAGGUAGCUGAGAUGAAGCAAGGUAUUGACGAAGAAGUCACUACUUGGUUCACCAUGCACUGCCGACAGCUGGACAGCAAGACCACGUUGCUCGAACCACGGCUUCAACGCAUGAGCAACCUGCUGGGGAAGAGCCGAGCCGAUCUGAAAAAGAAGGUUCAGCAAGAGCUCGCCGAGUUGGAGAAGCAAGCUUUGGCCUUGAUGAGGUAUCAUCAGAAUAGCAAAGAGCUGUCUCCUGAAGAUUUCUUUGCUGAGAUUUCGCAGAACAAGGAGGCAGUGGAGAAGAAAGCCUUUCUCAGUUUCUUCAAGGGCUGCGUGAAGGAGGAGGAGGCGACGCCUCCCAGUGCGCAGGACCUCACGCGGCUCUUCGAGCACCUGGCCGAGCGCUCCGCGGGCAUCUCCGAGGAGCGGAUGAUGGGGCUCAUAAGAGUCUACAAGAAGGUCUUGAAGGAGACGAUGCUCACUGAAGAGAAGAGCAUCAAAUCCGAGAUCCUGCGGAGUCUGCAGGUGGGCGAGAUCAUAGAGCUGAUCAGCCCAGAGACCCCGGUCGAGGAGGAAGUGGUGCGAGCACGAUGCCGCACCAUGAAGGAUGACAAGGAGGGCUGGGUCACUGUGGCAGGCAAUGGUGGAACACCGUUCGUGAAGGACUACGCAGGGGUCUACAAGGUGGUCAAGGAGACCAUCAUGACGGAGACCUUUGAGUUGGACUCCGCGGAGGCCAAGGAAGCUGCCAAGCAGCUGAAGGAUGCGACCCCGCGGAAGCUGAAGCUGGGGGAGCUGGUGGACGUGUGGGUGUGGCCCAAGAAAGAGAAGUCUGGCCUCCUGCGGCUGAAGUGCAAGUGCCGCUCGGACGGCCACGUGGGCUGGGCCACCUCGGUCGGCAAUGCCGGGACCGUCUUUCUGGAGGCCCUGGUGGGACCGGUGGGGAGCGACCUUCCACCGCUUUCGCGACCUUCCACCGCAAGCGACGGCCCCGAACGGUUCAGAGCCCACACGAACAGGAGUUGCUCCAUGUGCUCGAAAGGACGCAGACCCUGA